GAGAAUGAAUGGAAGAUCUGUCUGUCACAUCUACAUCAUUCACACUUUGAUUUGACGUUGGCGGGUUGUCGGCUUGUGAUGGAGGGAGGAAUUGGAAGUGAAAGUUUUUUCUUUAAAACAAGUUCGAAUAGUGUUGUAUUAGUAUUUUAAUUAUUCGAUGGAUGUAGAAGUUCCUCAGUGUAAAGUAAAUCCAUUAGUCAACCUUGAUAGAUUUUCGUAAACAAUGGAUCACCUACCUGAUGAUGGCUUAAAAUAUAGAAAAAACAACAACAACUAUAAGGAAAACGGCUUGUAUGAUAACGAAACGAAAUUAAACAAUAAGAGUGAUGAUACACGAAAAGGGAAAGUUAUUGGAUUAGUUUUUGUGUCUUUGCUUUUGGAUCUUUUGGCAUUUACAAUGAUUUUACCAUUGUUGCCUUCUUUACUUGAUUACUAUGACAAAGAGGAGGGUGAUGGUAAUUCAUUGUAUGCAUCGUUAGUAUAUGCUGUGAGAAGCUUCCAGAAGUUGACUGGAGCACCUGAUAGGUUUGCAUCAGUGCUGUUUGGAGGGGCACUGGGCUCUAUGUACAGUUUCUUGCAAUUCCUUACAAGUCCUAUUGUUGGGAGCUUAUCAGAUGCAUAUGGAAGAAAACCUAUGCUUUUAAUUUGCUUGACUGGGAUAGCAGUGUCCCAUGCAUUGUGGAGUUGUGCAAGUACAUUCAGUGUGUUUGUGUUAGCCCGGUUCAUUGGAGGGUUGAGCAAGGCUAAUGUUAGUCUCAGUAUGGCCAUUGUCACCGAUGCUUCAGGAGAGAAGACAAGAGCACGUGGAAUGGCCCUUGUUGGUUUAGCGUUUUCAAUUGGAUUCAUAGUGGGUCCGAUGGCAGGCGCCUGGUUCGCAAAGACGAAUGACGCUAACUUCGGCCUUUGGGGACAGAGACCUGCCUUGUAUGCUCUCUCUCUUUCACUCGCAAACAUCGCACUUGUAUUCUUGUUUUUGCCAGAAACAUUGUCAAAGGAUAAAAGAUCACCUCUAUCGCUGUCUCUUUCUAAAGCCAUCGAAUAUGUGUCCCCCUGGCACCUUUUAAAAUUCUCCCCAGUUGAGAAUCUUUCCCAACAUCAAAACAAAGUAUUAUCAAAAUUGGGAUUGAUUUAUUUCAUGUAUUUGUUUAUUUACUCCGGCCUCGAGUUUACUAUAACUUUUCUGACACACCACACCUUCGCCUAUACAGCUAUGCAGCAAGGGAAAAUGUUUUUAGUUAUAGGUGUGAUAAUGGCGGCGCUGCAGGGAAAGCAUCGGUUUCGUAAUAAAAUGCCAUUAUUUAGUAACAAAUUCACACCAAAAACUAUACCUGUUCGUCGAAAUGAUACUUCGGUGAUAAGAAACGAGUUCGGCAGCGAUUACGCAUCUAAGGAAUUAUCGAUAGACUUAAGUCCCCUUAAGAUAAAAUUAGGUGAUUUUGAAGUCUCGUUUGAAGAAGGCCAAUGGAUACCAGCGUCCGGUCGAGCGGGCGCAGCUCACAAGGAGAAUCUUCGUCUCAAAAAGGAAUUAGAGCAAUUAGAGGAAGAAAACAACAUGUUGCGUCUCAAGUUCGAGAUCCUGUUGGACAUGAUGACGGACAAGACUGUGGAGGCGGAGCAGCAGCAGCAAGCUGACAUGCAGCGCGCGCAGAGCCUGAGCUCAUUGAAGAAGAAUAAAAAGCAAAAGUGGUGAACGAGAGUAGUAAAAUUCGUUUCCACUG